AUGUCACGACAGAGUACCUUGAGAAUUAGAUAUAUAGAGUUGUCAAGUGAUCAAGAUCUUUCUGCCGAUAACGAAUCUACAUCAGCUAACAACCGUAACAUCAGCCAAGGCCGAGAAGCUCAAAGCGAGUCAAGUAAUGAGUGCUUCAAAAUUACGAAAUCGCUGGAGAUGUUUUCACUAUUCAAAAACACUAGAAGACACCCAAACGUGAAAAAGUUGUUUCUUUGCGAUGGCGACGUUCGUGAUGACAUUAUGGCUCAAAUGAAAAACUCAAACAAGAAGUGUGAAAACGAGUCCUGCAGUGAUAUAACCUACGUUGGUGUGUGUCCCUGCCGCAACGCUUCUAAGUGUAAAGGAAGUAAUGAUUUUGAAAAAACAGCAUGUCUAUCCACAAACCUAUUUGAAAUUUUGGCUACAAGCAAUGAGAUGCAGAUGCCUACCACAUCUGACAAUGUCAACUUCAAUAUAACGACAGAUUCUAAGUUUGAAGAAUAUGAUUUGGUGGAUCCAUCAGAUUAUGAUCAACCAGGUAAGCCGUUCGAACCUCUGCCUAAUACAACAGCUCGUAGAGCAGCACCUGAUACAACUUCCAUCGCUCCUAAUCUCCACUCAAGUCCGAUAGCCACCGAAACUUCUAACAAGCCAAUUUCAAUGAACGACACAGAUGUGCCUGAAAAUCGACCGGUCGAAUAUACGAGAACUCCUAUCCAGGAAUCUACUGCCACAAAAGAAACCACCACCUUGAGUUCUUGCUUCUCGUACAGUAUGGCUACGACUGUAUCUAGCGCGGCUGAUUAUGCUGAAUCGAGAAGUACUACUGCAAGUACCAAAUUUGUCGCUACAGAAGAACUAUUACAAACAACUUCGGACGCUAUGGCUUCUACAACUAGCAGGAGUAUCCGUUCAUCACAAUCCAAAACAUCCUUGAAAAGAACAAAAUCGCCGCAGUCGACAAAACAUCUUCCAGGUUCGAUUAUGGCAGCAUCUACGCACAGUGUUACGGUUUCGGGAAACUAUGGAAGCGAGAAAACUUCCGUAAGCGAAAGCUUGACGAGAAGAAUUAUUCCGCAAACGCUUGAUCGAUCCACAUAUCUUCCUACAAGUACUUCUAUGUCACCAUCGCCGACUGCGAAGAACCAGCAAAUGACGAAAGAACUGGACAUAAGCGGUACACAACGUAGCACCUUGAGUCUUGGAUCAAAAUCAAGCAUAUUUGCUGUAAAGCAUACCGCGAAGAAGAGUACAAAACAAAACACAUCCAAAAAGCACACAUCCCAGCUUCCAUCCACUUCAAAUGAAACUGAGAGAUUGGAUACAUCGCCUUUUUCGAAAAGUGAUUUUGAUGACCCUGGUCAUGCUUCAUCUCCAAUGAGCAGCACUCAGCAAAUCAUAUCGGAGUCAACAACGUUACCGGAAGAUGCUUCUACGACUUCUAAUAUAAUAAUCCCACAAAAUACUUGGACUAUCAGCCCGUCUUCGAGCACCGCAACAGUACCUUCGGAUUUUCCAGCAUCGCAAAGCUCAGCGGCGACAUCAGACGAGACAAUCGACUUCAUUUCCUCAAAAUCAACAAGAACUAUCAAGCAUACGAAACCUAUACCUUCAACAGACGCAAAUGGAAUGUCUUCAGUAUCUUCGACAAAAGUAAUAUCUAUCAAAAGUAAACCAACUAAUGUUAUGUCUACGUUGCGAGUAUCUGCACGAGAACCUUUGAUUACUGAAAGCCCUGCUUCUUUCAUAAGUACUACAGCCUGGUACCAACCACUAGAAAAGAAAAGUAGUACAACGGACUCUCGAUCUGAUGAAACAUCUGAACAUGUUAGUACAUCGGCAGAAAAGUCCUUACCAUUAGUGCCUACUGCUUCGCCUUCUACGGUCAUAACCACCGAUUCACAUAGCAUUAGUAGUAUGACAGAAGGAGCUACAGAAAUGACGAAUUUCCAAGAUACGCAAACAUUUACUACCAAGCAACUCAGGGAUACCUCGGAAAGCGUUGUAAAUCCGGGCUACACUUCAUCAAACCUUGCAACUUCGCUCCAAUUAAUAAAAGAAGAGUCAACGAGUGUUUAUGCGACCGACACGAAAACAAAGGCUAGAAAAGUUUUGAGCACGAUGGAAUCGACAAAACCAAAUUCCUCACGCAUGACAACACCGAAGUUCGCUGAUGACAUCACUUCGCUUUCAGAGCCCUCUGAGGAAGUGACAGAAAGUGAAACUGCUUCUAUCGCUACAACAACAAAAGAUAAAUCUGCCAGCACUUCUAUGGCUCAUCAUAAAAUUUUGGGAGCAACUUCCAUUUUUGCAGCAAAUUCAACAAUUUUGACUCAGUCAUCAACGAAAGUUGUUUCUAACGUUUCGGAAACUUCGCGCACAGUGUCGAUCGCUGUCCAAAAUGAAACCGUUACGAAGACUGACACUUACACAAUUUCCUUAACAAAAACUGAAUCAUCCAAUACAUCAAGCCAACACGCCACUACGACUCUACCUUCCACAACCUUGACCAUGAAGCUUUUCACAGCCUUAACCACAAACACGGUGGAACCUUCGACGAUUAGAGCACAGCCUGACCUUGUUUCUAGUCUGUCCACUAUAUCAGACUCACCACAGCCUGAAAAGAAGAGGGAGACCAUUUCUGCGAACCGAAACACAGUUCAAGUCAGUGCCGACAAACUUUUGUCUACAACGACUAAAAAUCUGACGACAACUUUUGUAUCAACUUCACCUGCAAAAGAAACCCGACCCAUCAGUACAUCAACGGAUGGUAUUGAAUCAAGUCAGCAUGUAGAAUUGCAUGAGCACGAGCAAACUUCGAGCAGGGCAACGCAGCCUCCUACACAUUUGGAGAUUACCACGUUUGACCUACACAUGAUCACUGAGUCGGAGCAGAUGAUUCCAGAAACUGUCCCAGAACAAAGCACUUCCUCAGCAAAUGAAAAAGGCUUCCUUAUAACAAGUAGUACGAGAGGGCUGACUACAGCGGACACCGUCAGAGGAAGAAGUACAAGCAAAGAGAAAGACAAAAACGAAACUGCAAUGAAAACUUCUACACCAAUCGAAGCUCCUACAACUAAGCCAUUGUUGACUACCACAGUGCUGGGGAUGGAUACCACUCCUACGAGUUCUGAGACCAAAGGCUCACUACGAGAAUGCCAGAGCUCUUGCUCUUCAAAGUAUCAGGAAGGACCGUAUUUCUGUUACCGCAUUCUCUCAGCAAAGGAAUCCACAACGUAUAGAAGGGCUUUGAAGAGCUGCCAGGACGAGGAUGGCGAAUUAGCUGAUGAAGUGGACUUUAGAAACGCGGAAGUCAUCGAAACACUAGAGCAGAUUGCUUCGGAUAACAACACGACUUCUGCAAAAAUAUAUGUCAAUGAAAGAGAUUCUGAGCUCAUAACAAAGAGUAAACGAGUUCGCCUUAUCACACUUAAAGGAACGACACGAUUUUUCUUGAAUGUGGUUGGUUCUGCGGGAAUGAACGAAGUUCUCGCGGACGUAUAUGGUGUCUGUCGAAGAAAAAGAGACUGUGAGGAUGUAUACUGUCACCUCAAUGAUUACGAUACGCUCGGUGUAAGCAGCUACUUGGUAAUGCCUAGAAUCCGCCCGAAGAUGUUGAUUGGAGAGAAGCUUCGAAUUCCUUGUGCAAACGGAGAAUCCAAAUCUGUUGAAGUGACUUGUGGUGAAAAAGGUGCUUUGGAACCGCAAGAGAUUGGCAGCAUUUGUGGAGAAGACCGUAAUACUUUUGAUAUUAUUAAAAUUUGCAAAAGUCCACUCUGA